CUCGUUUUUGCAUUGCUAUAGUGGGGCUGAAUGACUCCAGUAAGACGUGACUGGAGUGGAAAUCCGCACCAUUUUGUAACGAUGAAAGGAAUGGAAUCUUACUUUCCUAAGAAUAUUUAUUAAUUAUAUUCGAAGUCACGCGUGCCGUCGAUUCGCAUUGAUUCCGACAACGCUCAAUUUCUGCCACUUGUCAAGAUGCUAGUACAUUGAAGACACGUUGGCCGGCACUACAGAAGAGGCUGCUCACUGAGGAUAUCUCCAUUUAUACUCCUCUUUCGUUUGUAUUUAACGCUUAUCCUUCUUUUUUCGUUUGUAUUUAACACUUGUGGUAUCGAAAUAUUAUAACUCAUGCUGGUAGGAGUGUAUUUUAAUAAAACGUCGAAUAGAUGUUACAACAUCUAUUCGAAAAAUUGUAAAGCGGAUAUUGAAAUUAGUCACAACUACGUGUGAUACGAUGGUUACACUGUGUCAAAGGCACUACUGUAAUGAGUUCUUUUUUGAAUAGGCCUAUAGAAAGCAUAUACUGCGUUAUUCCUGUGUGGCAUGAUUAUUUCGUAUCGACCGACUGUAAAAAAAAGCUAGUGCAAAUACUAUUAAAAUCGAGAUCAGUCUCCACUUGAUGGAGGUGCAUCAGGUAGAUUAUCUGUCGCUCGCAUCCGAUCUGACUAUGGCAAGAAUUAAAACAAAAAUGUUUAUUCAUUUCAGUAGCGUACAUUUACAAUUACAUUGAUGUAUCCUAAUUGAUACCUCGACUUUACGUUUUUAAUAGGCCUGAUUUAUCGUCUGUCUUCGAUUAUAUGCGUUUUUGGCCACUGUACAGAUCACUGAUAGAAAUUAGCGUCCCAUAUGUGAAAUGGGCCCAUGUCUUAAUUUAGAAAACAAAGAAUUAGGCUACAUGAGAAGCUAAGCAGCUUAAAGUUUUCCGCGUUUUUUUUUUUUUAGGUUAACAAGUUAGCUGGCAACGUGACACGGGUAGCUAGACUAUCUAUCUAGCUGGCGAGGACCACAGGAUAAACCUAUUUCGUUAACUUGACGCACUUGUUUAAAUCGGUGUUUUUACAAUUGCCACAAUGGAUCCACAUGAGGAAAAUGACAGUAUUAAUGUAAGGGUGGUGGAACCCAUACCCGGCUACGUGGAGUUCAUCACAAGAGGGUAUGCCACCAUGGUCAGUGCCUUGAAAGACUGUAGGGAGUGCGGCUUCGAGCUCUCCAAAAGGACUCUCCUGGAUAAUGCCUACAUAACGUGGGCAGAGAUUGGACUCUUCUUCAUGUGCGCUGUGAUGUGGACAAUGAUGCGUCGAGGACUUACAGCUUGCUUGUUUCAGCCGUUUGCGCAAUGGUGCCGUCUCCAGCAGAAAGACAAAGCCAAGAUGCCUGAGAGCGCGUGGAAGUUCCUAUUCUACUCCAUGUCCUGGUCGUACAGCACCUACCUGCUCUUCUUCACCCAGUAUUCUUUCUUUCACGACCCCCCCUCUGUGUUUUACGACUGGAAGAGUGGGAUGACCGUGCCCACAGACAUCGCCAUCGCCUACCUGAUCCAGGGAAGCUUCUAUGGCCACUCUAUAUACGCCACCGUCUACAUGGACGCCUGGAGGAAGGACUCGACCGUCAUGGUGGUGCAUCACAUCAUCACCCUGGCGCUGAUCACCUUCUCCUACGCGUUCAGGUACCACAACAUAGGAGUUCUGGUCCUGUUCCUCCACGACAUUAACGACAUCCAGCUUGAGUUCACCAAGCUCAACGUCUACUUUAAGACCAGGGGAGAGAACUACUACAUGAUCAACGACAUCCUCUCUAACAUGGGCUCUGUCAGCUUCAGUAUCACUUGGUUUUGGUUCCGCCUCUACUGGUUUCCUCUCAAAGUGCUUUACGCCUCCUGCAUAUCCAGCCUGGAGUCUGUGCCUAAUAUCCCCUUCUACUUUUUUUUCAACUUCCUCCUUUUUGCGCUGCUCUUGAUGAAUAUCUACUGGUUCUUGUACAUCGUGCUGUUUGUGGUGAAAGUGAUCACGGGCCAGAUGAGGGAGGUCAACGACGUGCGCGAGUACGACGAGGAGGAUACGGAAAAGGCAGAGCAACUGAAGGUGCGGGGGGACAACGCUGACCAUCAGAACUCUGUGUCAGAAGGGAAGCACGUGCAGAAUGGGGUUAUGAAGGAAAAGCAUCUAUAAUGGCCUCACUAGGACCACCUCCUGGCCUUUAGCUAUGAAUGCAAGCAACUUGGCAACCCAGUUUAAUUCAGAACCAAGUCAAAAGGGGAAGUUGCUAGCUGGUCUUGCAAAAAAUAUCAUAGGCUAUAAUAAUUUUAACAGUUUAUUGUUUUUAUUUUAAUUUUGUUUUUAAUUGUAGCACUGUGAAUGUUAUUUCAGAUUACCUUGGUCUUACAUUAUCUUAGCUCAUAAAAAAAGGCACGUGUAGUUUAUGUGAAUGUCUGCUUGUGUGCUGGGUGUAUUUAGAAAUGACCACUCUAACAACACUCUCAGUGAUGGGAGCCUUUUCCUGUGUCUAGACCUAGAUAGGCAAGACAGCAUGCAAGUGUGAGAGUAUUGUAACAUCCUCAAUUACACACUGUCAUAGGUUAUCACAUGAGAGACAUGGGGCCUCAUUUAUCAAGCAUGCAUGCUAGCACACUUAUUUUUAAACCUCGCAUCUGCACAUUUUCCCACAAUGAAUGCGAUUUUUGUGCACAGAAAGCUGCACAGUACAGUUUGCAAAGGGAGACACUUUUCAGCUGGUGCCUCUGGACCUCCUCUUGUGGCUGAAUAGCAGAGGUGCCAGGCCCCCCUUUCGAAGACACUGCCAGAAUGAAUGCCAGAAUGGACAGCGGGACCAUCCUUGUUUUUACCAGUAACCUACAUUUUACGUCAUAAUAUUGUGCCCUACAGGAAAUAUGCUGUCCUACAUAGUACCAGUAAAAAGUUUGGACACACCUAUUGAAAAAAGGGGUUUUCUUUAUUUUUACUAUUU